AUGAAAAUCUCUGGUGCGACCAUCACUACAGCUCCACUGAAGUCAUUCAAAUACACCAUUGACAUAAAAAUCAAUGCUUCAAGAGAAGCUGUGAUAGAGCUUGAGGGCUUUGAUUCUUGGACAGAAAUUUCCCAUGUGUGUCAAAAAGGCAUGAAAAUCUCUGAUGCGACCAUCACUACAGCUCCACUGAAGUCAUUCAAAUACACCAUUGACAUAAAAAUCAAUGCUUCAAGAGAUGCUGUGAUAGAGCGCUUGAGGGCUUUGAUUCUUGGACAGAAAUUCCCCAUGUGUGUCAAAAAAGGCAUGAAAAUCUCUAGUGCAGCUAUCACUACAAUUUGUCUUUCAAAUUCAAACAAAACCCAGUGCAAGUGUGAGAAUCAAUAUGUUUGGUCCACUAAACAAUGCUCUAAACAUGGCAUUUGUGGCCCUGAUCAAAAUGAUACCUGUAGAUGCAACACUUCACCUCCAACUGAUGGGACGUUUUGCUCCCGACCACAUGCUCCACUGAAGUCGUUCAAAUACAGCAUUAACAUAAAAAUCAAUGCUUCAAGACACACUAUGAUAGAGCACUUGAGGGCUUUGAUUCUUGGACAGAAAUUCCCCAUGUGUGUCAAAAAAGGCAUGAAAAUCUCUGAUGCGACCAUCACUACAGUGUGUCUCUCAAAUGCGAACAAAACCCAGUGCAAGUGUGAGAAUCAGUAUGUUUGGUCCUCUAAACAAUGCUCUAAACAUGGCGUUUGUGGCCCCAUUCAAAAUGAUACCUGCAGAUGCAUCGCUUCUCUUCCAAACGACGGGACAUUCUGCAGACGAACACCUUCUCCACUGAAGUCAUUCAAAUACACCAUUGACAUAAAAAUCAAUGCUUCAAGAGAAGCUGUGAUAGAGCGCUUGAGGGCUUUGAUUCUUGGACAGAAAUUCCCCAUGUGUGUCAAAAAGGGCACGAAAAUCUCUGGUGCGACCAUCACUACAGAUGCAUCGCUUCUCUUCCAACCGACGGGACGUUUUGCCACCGACCACAUGGUAAAGAAGUCUCUCUUUAUUAAAAAUCCAAGUUGA